CCUACUCUUUCGCUCUAGUAUUCUGCGCCCCUCCCUCCUACUCUACUUCUAUCUGCUAUGGCGGAUUCCCCACAUAAGCUUCCGUGUCAAGCUUUAUUUUUUCUAUUAAGACCUUUUCCGGUCGUAUCUCAGCUAACUCAGUCCUCUUCACACAGUCAGAUGUCAGCUAUUCGAUUGACGUAUUGAAUAAGUGUUGUAGUGUUUUUCUGGGUGCCCCAUAGGCUCUGAGAGACCCUGGAUGACUUUGUGUGAAAUGUGCUGGUAGUUUUAUUCACUGCUGUAGACAUGGAGCCUCCGGACUUCGAAGCCAGCAAUUUCACGGUGGAGCCAGCGGCGGGAGUGUACCCGUUAUGUGAGGAAUGGAGAGACGGCUCGGAGGGCUCCGUGUUUCACCUCGCCAAUAUCUUCCUCUUCCUCGGGUUCAUGGGCGGCAGCGGCUUUUAUGGACUCCUCUACCUGUUCACCUUCCUGACUCUGGGCUUCUUCUGCUCCACACUCUGGGCAUGGUCGGAGUCCUGCACAACGGAAUAUUUCUUAUGGAGUUUCGCGCUCUUUGGGGUGUGUUUGGGACAAGUCUUGCAUGUUGCCUACAGGCUGAGGAGCGUUUCCUUUGAGAAAGAAUUCCAGGAGCUUUACAACUGCUUGUUUAAAAAACUAGGGGUGUCACGCACACAUUUUGGGAAGAUAGUGGCCUGUUGUGACGGAGACAUCCACACCAUAGACAAGGACCACUGCUUCGCCAUAGAGGGAAAAACUGCUAUUGACAAGCUGUCGGUGCUCCUGUCUGGCAGAAUUCGUGUGACAGUUAAUGGAGAGUUUCUGCAUUACAUCUACCCUUUCCAGUUUCUGGAUUCACCUGAGUGGGACUCUCUCAGACCAUCAGAGGAGGGUGUAUUCCAGGUGACCCUGCAUGCUGACAACCCUUGCCGAUACGCGGCAUGGAGGAGGAAGAAACUCUAUCUGCUUUUUGCUAAGCAUCGCUACAUAGCCAAGAUCUUUGCUCUGGUUGUGCGCAAUGACAUUGCAGAGAAGCUGUAUUCCCUUAACGACAAGGCUUUCAACAGGUCCGGGCACCGCUAUGAUCUCCGCUUACCAACUUACUGUCACAUGCCAGGGACCGAAUUAGAAAAGGCAGAUGUCUUCCUGCAAGUGCCGAUGCAGGGUGGAAGGACUGCCUGACGCACUCACACACACACACACACACACACACACACACACACACACACACACACACACACACUGCUUAAACACUUGACUGACUGUGUGUUGGAAUAAGUGUCAGUUAGGUCAGGCAAAGUGCGAUAUUAUCUGUACCAUGUAGGGUAAGUGAAUGUCAAGUGAUGUUAUCUUAAAUUUGCCAGCAUCAUCAGAUCUCAAAUUGCAAAUUAGGUAGGUGGAGCUGGCAGACAUACAUGGUGUAUCAGGUCAAGAGGAUAUUCUACAGGGACUGCUACAACGUGUAAGACCAGGGUAGAUAGACAGCCUAUGACAUCCUUUGACUAUUUUAUGAUAGCCUUGCGAAAGAUGCCAAUGUUACUGUUAGAAAUUAGCAUUUUGACGUGCAGUUUCAGAUAGCAGAAAGAGGUGGAGUUAGGCGACCUUUCAACACGUUGGGCAGAUUAUUUUCUAAAGAAUGUGAACACAAUGUGCAGAUGUAUUUCAUACUGGCUGAGAACAAAAUCUAGCUGAAAAACUGUAAGUCUACAGAACUGCUUAGUCUGCCCUUCAGGACCAAUGUUUGUUUUAAAGGAAGAGUUCAACAUUUUGGGAACACUUACAGAACAAACAGAAAUGUAAAAAUGGCAAUUUGUGAUUUUAGGGGAGUUAGGGCUGAAAUGAUUUCCACUCAGUAUUUCUGUGCAGUGUUGCUGGGCUAUAACAAGGAUUGCCAGAAACGGUCUGUGAGCACAGUAGGUCUCUGUACAGGCACAGUGAUACAAGACUGGCAAACUUUAAGAUGCUCUCCACAGCUAGCCCGCAGCAACAGUGCUGAGCUAUGAGGAGAUUUUGGUGUUGUGGCCACAUUCACUAUUGCAAGGCACGUGACGCACACUGGCAAAAAAUAUUUUUGCCCAUACAUGCAAUAAUUUGUCUGAAAAAACACCUCAAAGUGCAGUGUCAGUAAAUUAUUUUCAUAUCAUUCAUGUGUGGGAAGCCAACAGGAAGUCAGACAGAGGAGGAACAUGCAUGCUCUCAACUGGUUCAGCCGGAGAGGGACUUUAAAGGGACACUUCACCCCAAAAUCAAAAAGACAUACUUUUCCUCUUACCUGUAGUGCUAUUUAUCCAUCUAGAUUGUUUUGGUGUGAAUUGCAGAGUUUUGGAGGUAUCGGCUGUAGAGAUGUCUGCCUUUUUUGAAUAUAAUAGAACUAGAUGAUACUCGGCUUGUUGUGCUGUCCCUUAAAUGCUCAUGCUCUAUGGCCCCAAGUGCACGGAAGCCUGAAAAACAUUUUUGGCAUAUGGACUCUGUGAGCAACUUUUAUCAAACUGAAAGGGAUAGCAUCUUGGAAUGCGGUAUCCAGUUCUCAUAAUACGUUGGUAUUAUGGUGCACAGUCACUGUAACCGGCAAUUGUUUGCCAAGAAAUAUCUCACUAAGAAAGAAAGAGAAUAUGCAUAUUUUCUAAAAUGUUAAACUUUUUUUUAAGCUGGUAGUUUGGUGAAUAAUUUGGUGUCUCAUUAUUAUGGCUAUACCCAACUACAAAUCUUCCAAGUCAAAUCUAAUAUAAAUAAAAUUGACUGUCUGCUGAUAGACCAGCUGCUCUUGACUAUGUAUUAAAGCUUGUGUACCUGUAGUUAAAUCCUAUCUAGCUGAUGGUUUCUACCUGUGUUUGGCUUGACAGAUCUUCUAGCAUUUAAUUGUCACUUCAGUACAAUUAAACACAGUACAAUGUGUUAAACCUGCCAUUUGCCUAUAAUGUGAUUUUGACAUGAGAAUUUCUUUAAUUGAUAUUUACAGAUCUGCACUCAACGUCUCAAUUUUCCCAUGGUUUUCUUUCAUUGAUCUUUCUGUAAAGCUCAAACAUGAUAGUAGGAUUUUCCAUCAUUACUGAAACUUACUACCCGGUACUGGAUACUAACAUACUGUCUGAGCACUCUCUAGGCAAUUUUAACCAAGAGAAAAAACAACUCUGACAACUGAUAGUGUAGUUAAUUUGACUGUAUAGUUUCAAUUAUAUACUGAAGCAGAACAUAAGAAACUCAUUCAGCAGAUCUUCACUGCUUCACAGACAGGCGUCUUGACUGUGCUGUUAAACUAUGGUUAAACUGAACCUAAAGGCAAACAGCUUUACUUUUCAACUUUAUAUUUUGAGCAGCUAAUCCCUGGUUUAAUUAAAAACUAUUUACUUGGAUGUAUAUGUACAUUAUGAAUGAAGAAAGUGAAAUAAACGGGAGGCUGAUUAGAUCAGUACAUAUUGUGAAUGUAACAUUGUUGAAAUGUAAAACCUGGAUGUAAAUAGGCUAAAUUGUGUCUAUAUUGUACUGUAAAAAUAAAUUAUGCUUUAUUUUA